AGCUGGUGAAUAUUACGUGGGGAAUGUUGCCUAACUAAGCCCCGUUCCGAACAAUUCGUUCCAUACCACUACAGGAAGAAGCACAUGCCCUUUUCGUGAGAUGCUCAACUGACUGAGGUUCCACACGGAGCUGCUGGACUGUGGUAAGCUUUGCAAUCACCUGUCCCGACUCGUUUCGGAGUCUGCAGCCACAAGAUUGAGCGACGUGCAGGCUCUGUCAACAGCGGAACCCCUUACCAGUGAUAAAUGUAAAGGCCACUAACAAAUUAUAGCUACCUAGAACAGAAUAUCGAAGUGAGAUUAUGGACGGGCCGCCUCCGGAAUACCGUUUUGUCCAACAGUUCGGCCGCAAGGUAGAAAAAUCGUCACAUACUGCCAUUCGAUCUCACGCCAUGAAAGGGGUUCGGAAAAAGCAGCGCCAACAGAAACAACUAGAAAUUGUGCGAAGUGGCCAGCAAUCUGUCGUGAAGAAUGAUAUCGGCCUACGUCAUUGCUCGCCUCUAACCCAGCUUUCUUCAGCUUCUUCCGAACAGUACUCACAAAUAGGAAAAUGCGAUAUACCUCCAACCCACUUCACACCUGCUUCCGAGCCCAGCCAUCUCUGUGGUAAGGUGAAAUCACUGGGAAUGUCUCCAUCGCAACGAAUGAACAUUGCACAGCAACUCUCCUCUCCGAAAGCUACUCUUGCCGCAACCGACUUUGAUCCUUUCAACUCAAUUACUGAGCUUCAUCCAUCUCUGACUUCAAAAUUCUCCAACGAGAUUAAUGUCAUUAAAGCGCACGGUUCGUACAUAUCAUUUUACUCAAGUCAACUUCGUUCCAGUCAUGUUGCAGAUUCUUCACAGGCAUUUCUUUUACUUCACUCGUCAUCUAGUCUAACCUUCUAACACCUGCUCACUACUCCCUAACCCACAUCAUCUUCAGCUAUUGCCUUCUGCUCUCCGGGUACUAUUAAGUCGGCCGUCCUCCCUGAAGCUUUUCGAACACCA